GUUGCCAGUUAAUUCUAUUUAGUAAUAAACGAAACUACAAAAGCAUUUUACACAUUUGAUGGUUGAAUUUAGUGAAGCUACUAACUACUAUAAAGCACCAAACGUCUAAAACGAAUAGAUAAAAGAGCAAAUUAUUUUUAACAUUGCAGAAAACAAAAAUUAAGCCACACCAUCUAAUUGAGUCCUGAAUUGGAACCAAAUUUGGAAUACAUUUUGUGAUUAUAAGGCUUUUGUAAUAAUGUGAAAAAAGUAUGUUGCAUAAUAAAAAAAGUUGGUUCCAAAAUCAGGAUUAAAAGUCUUACCGAGCGGGCAACAAGCUUCAUGCUGCUCCGGCUUGCUCGGAUCAGGCAGCGGUAGCACUAAUGAUACUACUUUUAUAAAGGGGAUUGUAUAGGGAUUCAACGCAAUAAAAAUAAAAAAAACCAAAAGUCAUAUGAUUUGUUGUAAGGGACAACAGGAAUUUGGAAUGGGCAAAGCGAAUACGAAUUAGUAAAAAUUAGUAGCCAUAAUCAUUCAAUGUGGACAAAGUCGAUGCUUACUUUAGCUAUACGAUACUAGCAUUCUUGACAAAUACGGUAAUUUAAUACACUAAGUUAUGAAUAAGGAAUGUUUAUGAAUUGAUUCGCGAUUCGCGAUAUUUUGUAGUUAUAGUUUAUUAUUUAAAAGUUUAUAAAAUGUUUGCAUCUAAAAUCUAAUAACGAAUAUUAUUAACGCGACGUUAAAAUAACGUUAUUUUUACGCUGGCAACACAGUUUACUGCGCAUGUCAAAUCGGAGCGCGUCUGAAAAACAAAGAACAAUGGACUCGUAAUUUUACCGAUUUUGUGCGUGCUAAUUUAUUUCAAAUGUAAACUUAAAGUUAAUGCGGCUACAAAAUGACUGGAACAAUAAUUGAAAACUUGAGUGGGCGUAAACUCGCCAUACUAGUUACAUUUUUGCUACUGUGUCAACUAACAUGUUUUCUCAUCGGCGGAUUGGUCGCACCCUUGCCUGCGAACGCUCAAAAUAUCCUCGGCACUGUAUGCAAGGACACGGCGACUAUGAAAAACGAUACGACGAAGUGGUUCUACAACCGUGGCAAGGGCGCUUGCAAAACGGUUGACCUUGGGGAUUUGCACCAAGAUCUGUCCGAGACGGACAUAGUUUUCGCGUUCCAAAUGCCGGUUCCGCGUGAAAACAAGAUCCUGGAUUAUUCGAGGUGGCAGCAAAACCUCAUUGGUGUUCUUCAAGUGGAUAUUAGGUACCAUUCUCAGAUGGAAGUGCAGCCGCGAAGCGUCGUGACGAUUGACGCGCGUCUUGCCUAUCGUAACAAAGGCGACCCGGACGACGGGUGGAAACUGUACACUCAGUCGGUCGAAAAGCGACACAUGGACUGCGACAUUGAUAACAAAGCUGAAGAAUAUUUGUACAACUGUUCUGCAAUUCCACUGUUUGAAUUAGGCUCACUGUUCCAUGACUUCUAUCUUUUGAACAUCAGGCUCCCAGUUGAUACGCCUGACAUGAAUGCACACAUUGGCCACAUUCAAGACGUGUGGCUGACUGUGAUCAACCAAAAUGGAGGUUUUACUAAAGUUUGGCUAUCAUUGAAAACGGUUUUCUUCCCAUGUAUCAUAGCCAUUCUAGUUUGGUUCUGGCGGCGCAUACAUAUGUUGGAACGCAAACCUGUUUUGUUGGAAAAGAUGCUUCUGAGUUUAGGAAUAUCAUUGUGUCUUCUCAACAUGCCUUUAGAAUAUUUCACAUUGCAUUUUGAUUUGCCAUUUAUGUUGUUACUGGGAGAUAUAAGACAGGGCAUAUUCUACGCUACACUGUUUUCGUUUUGGCUUGUUUUUGCUGGAGAGCACAUGCUGAUCCAAGACGCCUCAGCGCAGAGUUCAUUGAAGCAGUACUGGCGUCAUUUGAGUGCAGUUGCAAUGGGUUGCAUUUCUCUUUUCAUAUUUGACAUGUGCGAGAGAGGUGUGCAACUACGAAACCCGUUUUAUUCCAUCUGGGUCACUGAUAUUGGCACUAAUUUGGCUUUGACAUUUAUAAUAUUGGCUGGUAUAUCCACCGGGAUCUACUUUCUGUUCUUGUGUUACAUGAUUUGGCAGGUUUUCAUUAAUAUAUCUCAGAAACGUCAGUCACUGCCUACAAUGUCUUCUGUGAGGCGUUUACAUUACGAGGGAAUAAUCUACCGUUUUCAAUUCCUGAUGCUGGCUACUCUGUUAUGCGCUGCCCUGACUGUUAUUGGCUUCAUACUGGGACAAGUUGCUGAAGGCCAAUGGAAAUGGGACGAGAAUAUUGAACUGGAAUACACCUCAGCAUUUUUCACUGGAGUAUAUGGAAUGUGGAAUAUUUACAUUUUUGCUUUGCUUGUGCUGUAUGCACCAAGUCACAAACGCUGGCCAGUGGCUGAGAAUACUGCUGACACACAGAAUUUGAGCGAAGAAAUUGAAUUUAGCCAUACAUCUGGUGAAAGAGCUAGCAGUGAGAUAUCUUCGUUGACAUCUUUCAUUAGGAAAACUACUGUGGAUUAAUUUUUAAGCUUUUUUGCCUUUAUCACUGUAAUCAGUCAAUAAAUGUAACCUUUUGCGAUUAACUUAUUUACAAUAAUUUAUUGCUUAGAAUGUGUAAGGAAAACAUGACAGUAUUAAUGUAAGCGAACAAACUUUGUAUUCAAAUAUUAGUAUGGAAGUGUAUCCAUGUUAGAAUCUUAUCUAUUUAAGCCUAAUGUAGAAAGUAAAUAACCAUAGAUAAUAGUUUUUCCUGUGUAUUCUUAAAGAAUGAGCCAAAUUGGUGUAGAAAUAUUUACAAAACUUGUGCCAUGAGUUCAACAACUUUAUAAUUUCCAGAUGGUAUGGUGGGAGGUAAAGGAAAUUAUUAAAAUACCUGUCUGACUAAUACUCAUAACUGGUUUCGCGACCUUGCUCUCCAGUUGAUCUGUGCUUCCAUCAAAUUGUUUUUUGUAUAAUUUUAGACUGCCUCGAUUUUGACUUACCUACUUAAAAUUUUCUGUGAUAGUUUUUAAAAUUGCAUUUAUUUCAGUAUUUUUAGCCUAUUGUAUUGCCAGCACAACUUUUAGGUGCGUCUAUUUAAUGCUAAGUUCUAUUUUACUAAUUGUAGUUUUGUAACUUGUAGCCAUAUUAAAUUUGUACGCGAUUAGCUGAUUAAUGAAUAAAUUGAUUAAUUUUAA